AAUGCGCGCGCGCGCUGCUUUCUCCUAGAGGAGGGGAGUAUCCAGAAGCUGUGCCCAAUGAGGCGGCGGCCGGAGCGGGACUUCCUUCAGGGAUCCCGCUAGAAGGGGAAAAAAAAAAAAAAAAAAAAAGGCAGCCCGGCAGCGGAGGUGACACGUAAGUGCGGGGUUUGAAUGGUGUCAAAAAGAAAAAAAAGCGAAGGCGGAGAGCCGGAGAAGAAAAGCUUCCUCUUUGGGGCAGUUUGGCAACAACACACACACAAGAAAAGUAACUUUAACGGGGAAAGGCGCUAUUGGAAGAGUCCGGUUGCCUUGGUGGAAGAGACUCUCUCGCCUUCCACCCCAUCCCCUGCCAAAGCGAGAGGGGCGCUGGGCAGAAGAGCCCCUCCAGUCCCGGGAGAGGGAACCGUCCCCCCUGCAGCAACGCUUGGCUGAUGCUUCACCUUGAAAUCCGGCAGAGGAAUUGAUGGAAGCAAAAGGACGAGCCUGCCUGGAGAUGCCCCGUUUCUUCUGAACUUGCAUCUUGCUGGGGACGACGCCUUCCUUUCGGAUGCCCGCUUGAACCGACCCUCUUGGGAACCGACCCUCCCUGCAGGCAACGCCUGAUCUCGGUCUCCUAGGAACCUGCAGCUCUUUGCAAAGCUGGCUUGCUAUGACCUUGAAUCCCUGGCAGGGGUUGUAAUAAGCUGGUUAAAGUUUGCACGGGGGGCCUAUGGCAGCAGCCCUGCCGGGACCUUCUCAUCCCUGAGGUUUCUUCCCUGGUUCAUGUUGUGAUGCUGAGGCUGCUGAAGUCCUAGGUGGACAUCGACUUGGAUUCCCCACCUCCAAGGUUGGGACUAUGGGAAACGGGAUGUGUUCCCGAAAACAGAAGCGGAUCCUGCAGUCUCUCUUGCUCCUCACCGUGGUGUUUGGCUUCAUCUAUGGGGUGAUGCUGUACUACGAGUUGCAGAACCAGCUGAGGAAGGCUGAAGCUGUGGCCCUCAAGUAUCAACAGCAUCAAGAGUCCCUCUCGGCACAGUUGCAAGUGGUGUAUGAACAUCGAUCAAGACUAGAAAAAUCUUUACAGAAAGAAAGGCUUGAACAUAAGAAAGCAAAAGAAGACUUUCUUGUUUAUAAAUUAGAAGCACAAGAAACAUUAAAUAAAGGAAGGCAAGAUUCCAAUAGCAGAUAUAGUGCACUGAACGCACAACAUCAGAUGCUGAAGAGCCAGCAUGAAGAACUAAAGAAACAGCACUCAGAUCUGGAAGACGAGCACAAGAGACAGGGAGAUGAUUUCAGCCGAGCAGUUGAUGAACACAAGCAAAAAUAUGUGCAGUUACAGCAAGAAAAGGAGCAAUCGCUGUCCAAGUUAAAAGAAUCCAUGUACAAUCUACAAGAAGAAAACAGACAAUUGAGGAGAUCCCACCAGGAUAUUCAUACUCAGCUGCAAGAUGUGAAGUUUCAGCAUAAGAAUUUAAUCUCCCAACACAACCAGCUUGUAAUGACACUGGAAGAACACAAGAGCGCACUAAAAGCUGCGCAGUCUCAGGUGGAAGAAUACAGGCAGUUGAAGGACACCUUAAAAAAGAUGCCCAGUUUCCAGAAACCUGAAAAAUUUGAGUCGCCACAUGGUUUGCCUGUGACACCUGUGCCUUCUCCUCUGAGUGAUUCCAAAACACAGGGCACAGAUGCCGCUAAAGAGCAAAAAGAGAUUAUGCAAAAUGGUGAGCAGUCACAAAGGGGAGAAGAAGCUGUUAACGUAAACCCUAGGGAAGGAAGAGAACAGACAGCAGAACUUUUUCAUCCUGACAGAAAAGUGGUAGAAGGUCAUGGGCCACGGGAAUUAAAUAUUCAGGAAAAGCAAGAAGCAGGAGAAGAUGAGGAACAACAUGCAGAGCAAGAUGAAGAAGAGCAGAAAAAAGAAUUGGAAGAAGAAGAAAUGGAGCAAGCUGGGCAACCAGAACACUUAACAGAUGAUCUCGAUCAAGUCCCAGAAGAGCAUGAAUGGAAGGACAAAGAACAGACUGAUGAGGAAACCAACAUGGUUGGAGAACACAACCAUUCACAGGAGCCACCGUCACCCACGAAGAUUGUAACCAGGUACAAAUCGCCUUAUGAGCAGCAGCUGGAGCAACAGAAGCUGGCUGCCCAGAGAGAAGAAGAAGCCAGCCGCCUAAGAGACCAUCAGGAGGCUCUGCAUCACGAGAGGCUUCAGGAGCAGUUGCACCGGCAUCAGCAACUUCAAGAGAGAGAGCUGAUGCUGCGGAGACAGGCCGAACAGGACGAAGAACAAUUUAAGCAACAACUCAGCCAGCAAUCCCAUUAUGACAAUGUAGAUCAGGAUAUCGUGCAAGGAGGAGAAGGAGAUGUACACGAAGAAGAUGAAAAUUAUGAGAGACAUAACCAGCAUCCAAGAAGAGUAGAAGAUGAUGAUCAGAAUAAUGUAAAUGAUCAACAGGACCCAGAGCUGGAGCACCAGUCAGAGAAUGAGCAAAAUGAAGAGCCAAAGACAGUCAUGGAUGAUAUCAACCCAGCUGAUGAUCCCAACAACCAGGGAGAAGAUGAAUUUGAAGAAGCAGAGCAAGAGAGGGAAGAGAAUCUCCCUGAAGAGAAUAAGGAGCUAAAACCAAAUAACCAGAAACAAGCGAAUUCUGAAAUGGAAGACCAUUUGGUGGUGGUGGGCAAUCCAGAUCAGCAGGAAGACAAUGUGGAUGAGCAGUACCAGGAAGAGGGAGAAGAAGAGGCCCAAGGAGAUCUACCCGAAGAGAAGAAAAGGAGGCUGGAACACAAUGGUGAAGAUCCAUAUGGUGAAAAUGAUGAAAAUGCUGAAGAAAAGAUAAGCGAAGGAGUUGAUCAAGAGGAAGACAUUCAGGAAGGGAAGCAACAGAAAGAAGGACAUGAUGAAAACUAUGAGGAAGAGGAAGAGGAAGAAGAGGAAGAAGGUGGUCCUGUUGCAGAUAAAAGCCGCAGACGAGGGGAAAUGUAAUUCUGGGAUUGUUUUCCUGACAUUAUGUGGAAAAAAAAGGGACGAGGUCAAGAGCAAAAUUGUGUAGAUUCUAGAGGGGAAAAAAGAUGAGCCUUUUAACAAAAAUGAAUAUAUUAUAUUUUUUUUUAUUGGAGGUUUUGUGCAUUUAUAUGAAUACAGUAUUUUUAGUGCAUUUUUAAUAUAAGUUUUAUGGGACAAAAAUAGAAUAGGAAAAGUAGUAUUUUUCUUUUUUUUCUUAAUUUUUUUAUGAUGCUUUUUUUUUUUUUUUUAAAAGGGGGUGUAUGUGUUUUUGUUUGGCAUUGUCCAAAUAGUAAGAAGCCAAGGUAUUCUUUAAGCCAACGAUAAAACUAGUGCCUGAGCUUGAAGCUUGAGGAAGGGCUGACUGCUCCCAUAUCUCAAUUCAUUCACUUCUGUGAGCCUACUGGUUGCUGACUUGCCCUGUGAUCAUUUUGGUUAGAAUCAGACAUGGUAUUCAGCUGGUUCGCACCAGUUCACGCGAACUGUUGGUGGAAAUUUGGCCAAGAUCGCCGAACUGGCAGCGAUGGCCGGCUGGCCACACCCCUGAACCAGUCCCACGGUCGCCACUCACUUGCCCCGCCCGCCAUGUUCAUCACCGCCAUGUUCUUCGCGCACGCACAUCCCAUUGCCUUGUAAGUUCAAUGGGAUGCGCAUGCGCACAAAACAUAGCAGCAGCUUUUUCUGCAACCUCUGGUACUUUUCGGCGGCCAACAGCCAGCCGCUGCAGCCACAAAUCGGCUCUCAAAGAGGCUUCUUUGCCAGCCACUUUUCAGCAGCAGCAGCUGGCUGGAGGCCGCCAAAAACUCCGGUCAGCUUGCUUUCUGGACCAGCUGCCAUAGAAGGUAAGCAGCCCGAACCAAGAGGUGGUGGUAGGGGAGGAAGCAGGGCUAGGGCCGGGGCGGCUAAAGGAGGGGAAACGGGGGUGACUGGCAAAGGGAGGCAGGGGUAGAUGGGUGGAAAUUCCAAAAAAUUUCCUACCUUUUCCUGUGGGUGUGGCUAGAUGGGAGGGGGUCAUGUGGCUGAGUGGGUGUGGGCGUGAGUGAUGGCAAGUUGGCCAUGUCCACUCAGUCACAUGCCCCUCCCUAGUCACGCCCACCGAACCAGUAGCAAAAAAUUUUGAAACCCACCACUGGUUAGAAUCAAGUUUGCCCAGGUGUUAUUGAUGCAGAUGUUGUUAGCACAGAUUUUUAACAGCUAUGUUGGCAUAUUCCAAAAGGCACAGCAACAGGUGAAUGAAUGCCUGAGCUUGUGUCAGAUCAGAGUUUUCAUUUCACUUCUGUGUUUGUAGGCUGACUGUUAUCCUUCUGUCCAUCCUUAUGAACUUCCUAGUGGUUGGCCAUCGUAUGACACAGAAUGCUAGUCUAGAUGGUUGUCUGUUCUGAUCCAGCAGGGUAACUUUUAUGUUUGAUCCUGCCUUACACGCCCUAGUUCUUUCUUCAGGUGUGUUAGGUUUGCAACUGGGUAGAAAUUUUGGGACUUAUAGCCAUAACUCAAUUAGAUGGUAUGAAGCUGAAAAAGCCGCCUUAACCCAAGAUUGGUUGUCAUCCAUUGAUGAAGAUAGAAUGUUCUCAGUCUUUCAUUGACUUGUUUUCAUAUUCUAUGAAAGCUCACAUUUGAAAACUAUGGAAAUUGCUUCUGAGUGAACCUGUGUACAUUUUUGCUAUUAGAGACUCCCAUUUUGUCUACUUUAAAAGCUGAAAUGUAUAUGUGACCCUCUUCUUCCUCUGGUUUAUUUGCAGUCAAUCAUACUUGGUUUUCACCAUUGCCUAAUUUAUAAAAAGUGACACUGGACUAACUUUCAGAUUGUUCAGGUUUUUAAAAAAUAGCUUUCUCUCAAGGCUUUUUUAUCUCAAUGAUUCUCACAAGAGUCUGAAAACCAUCUUGGUUAUAUCAAUUCAGAGUACAGGAAGUAUUUUAUGCAUACAAAAAGCUAGUGUGUUGGGAUUAAUAGAGUAGUACAGGAUUGGAAGUAUACUUAUAUUUUUCCUUGUUGAGUAUCUUGGUCCAAAAGUCCAGAUGGCUGUUCUUUAUUGCACUGGAUUUUAGCCCAGAUUUGUUAGCCCUGUCACCCAUCUAGCAUCUGAAACAGUACAGCAUAGACACAAAUUAAUCACUUAGUUUAGUCAUGGACAACUUUUACUCUGGUGUCUAAUACACCAUAUGUUCUCUAUUCUACUCUACAAAGCUCCCCUUGCACACCCCUUCCAUUAUCCAUGCCCCCUAUUUUUAAUGCAGUCUUUCUUGUUUUGUUUAAAUUUUAGGAGAUGUUUCUAGUAAUCAUACUCACAAGAGAAUCAGAUAGUUUCUCCAGAUAUUUUGGUCUUAAAUUGAUUUUUUCCGUAUCGCUGUUUUGGGGCAACUAUGAAACAUAAAAAAAGGAACAUGUGGAUAGCUAGAGGGAGCCUUUGGCCAACUCUCUUGCUUUAUCCAUUCUUGUAUUUCUGAUGUCGAGUUCUUAAUAAUUUCCAAAAUGAUCUUGGAGCAACUGUAUUGUUCCUUAGUGUUAGGAAACAGAGGCAAUUUCUUUUGAACCUGCUCAUCUUUGGAACUAAAGUAUGAGAAUUAACCAAUCGGUGUCACAAUUGGUAACAGAAUGAAGUUUUCAAAUACUCAUAGCCAUUCCUGUCUUCUUCAACUAUUAAUCACUUGCUUUGAUUAAUCAAUAGUGCUUACCUCAUGUUCUUGCUGAUGGAAUAAUCAAUAUACGGUACAUUAAUAUGUGCAUGCACAGAAGGUAAUAGUGCCUGCACCACCUGAUGCUAUAAGGGUCACAAAUGCUGUGCAACCACCUAAGAAGUAAAAGAUUGCUCCCAAACUCCAUAUACUAUGAACUCCAACAUAGUAAGAUAUUCUAUGCAGAUCCUGGAAAGAAGCCUCUCUCCUUCUACGCCACAGAGCCUUGAUGAAGAUCCCACCCUAAAAGUCAUCUUCCUCACUAUAAUUCUCCACCUUAUCUUUUGCACAAAAGAGUGAAUUUCUUUCAGAUAUACACACAUUGGGGAAAAUUCCCAAGUUCAAGGUUUAUUCCAGGUUUCUGUUCUCAUCCAAUAAUGUCAGCUAUGUUAACCUUAUAUAUUGAUUUCAUUAUGUUUAUACUGGCCUUCAGCCUGUAUUGGUCUCUGGUGCUUCCCCCCCUUAUUACAAUGCACUGGGAAUAGGGGAUAUUUGUGAUGUUUGUAACUUGCAGUAUAUGCACAUAUACACAUAUGCGUACCUACCUAUAUCCUUGGAGAUUUCAAUUAUUUAUGGCGGUCUUCUCCAACCCGGGCAUGCAGAUGUUGGACUUCAGUUCUCAGAAUUCCACAUUUUAGCAUGGUUGUUGCUGAGAAGAGUUUGAAUCAAAAGGUUGGGAAGAUUCCUUCAUGCACAGGCCAAUUGGACAUCUUCUGGAACAGUGUUUCUCAAACAUGGCAGCUUGAAAAUGUGUGAACUUCAACUCCAGAAUUCCCCAGGCAGUUGAAGAAUUGAAGUCCACGCAUCUUCAAGUUGCCAAAGGAUAGGAAACAAUGUUCCAGAAUGUUUUUCAGAAGCACAAAACAUUCUUCAAAUCAGGGGUGAAAUUCCAUCUUAUUUCCAUCACAGGAAAGAAAAAAAUAAUCCAAUGCUUGAGAAUCUUUUCCCAUUUUUUUCUUUUAAGAUACACCACAACAACCAUAAUGGAAAAUGUCUUUUAAUCUUUUUAUAUGAAUGUAAUAUAAUUCAUUUUGUACUAACCUGACGGUAAUUUCCUUUUGUAAAUGUUUUGAACCAUAUCUUUAUACAUUUUUAAAAGGAUUUUGUGUUAAACAUGGCAUCCAAUUGUAUAUGUAUAACAAUACAAAUCUGAGUUUACUAAUUAAACAAAAUUAUCUUACAGGUGGUGAAAGAACUUCCCUGUUUACAGUUAUGUAAAGUGUAUGAUAUGUACAUACCCUUUGGAAUACAAAUAUUUUGAUAAAAUUCUGUGUAUUUUUCAUGCCUUGGGGCAGUAUUUAAUUUUCUGAGGCUUUAACUGAAGACCAUCAAUAAAUGGUAGACUUUGAAAUAA